GUAUCUCUUUGUCCAAUAAAAAUGGCAAUGUAUGCACCAAAAACAAUCUUGUUCCACACAUUAAUCUGUCUUCUGUUAACUAUGGCUUCACAGUCAAAAGCAUCGCUCGAUUCCAACUAUUAUCAUCAAACGUGUCCACAAGCUGAGAAAAUCAUAUUACAGACGGUAUAUAACGCUUCCAUGCACGACUCUAAAGUCCCAGCUCGUAUCUUAAGGAUGUUCUUUCAUGAUUGUUUCAUAAGGGGAUGUGAUGCAUCGUUGCUGCUAGACUCAACCCCAGGGAACCAAGCAGAAAAAGAUGGUCCUCCCAAUAUCUCAGUCCGAUCAUUCUACGUGAUCGACGAUGCCAAAGCUAAGCUAGAAAUGGCAUGUCCACGCACUGUUUCUUGUGCUGAUAUCAUUGGCAUUGCCGCAAGAGACGUAGUUACCAUGUCCGGAGGUCCUUACUGGAAUGUGCUAAAAGGGAGGAAAGAUGGUAGGGUUUCAAGAGCUAACGAGACCAUCAACUUACCAGCUCCAACUUUCAACGUAUCCCAAUUGAUCCAAAGCUUUGCUAAGAGAGGCUUGGGUGUUAAAGAAUUGGUUGCCCUAUCUGGCGGCCACACUCUUGGGUUCUCACAUUGUUCUUCUUUUGAAUCCCGGCUUCGAAAUUUUACUUCAUUGCAUGAUGUUGAUCCAAGCAUGAACAAUGAAUUUGCUCAAAAGCUAAGAAAGAAAUGCCCAAAACCAAACAGGGAUCGCACUGCCGGAGAGUUGUUGGACUCAACCUCCUCAACUUUUGAUAAUGAUUAUUACAAGCAAUUAGUGGCAGGAAAGGGCGUGUUUGGAUCGGAUCAAGCGCUGUUUAGUGAUUACAGGACUAGAUGGAUUGUUGAAUCAUUUGCUAAGGAUCAAAGUUUGUUCUUUAAGGCCUUUGCAGCUUCUAUGGUGAAACUUGGAAAUGUUGGCGUGAUUGGGGAUGGUGAAGUGAGACUGAAUUGCCGAGUGGUGAACUGAUCAGACAGAGAGAGAGAGAGAGUGAGU